AGCUGCAUUGGGCCUUUGGCGGGGUCCUCCUCGAGGUCGCCUUGCUUCGGGAUGUGGUGCCUCGAGGUCACCACUAACCCAUCUCACAACACCGCCAUCUGCUGGAUAUCCUGUAGACACCGCAAAUGCACGUGUUGUGCAUGCUUCAACUCUCUGGGACAGGGAAAUGUGAAGCUUGGUGUGUAGCACGCUCGAGCCGCCGCAUGUCUACGUGCAGGGUGUAACGUUGUGCGACACACGCCUGCGGUCACAGCGAGGUGCUGCCAAGCCUCGUUUACGCCCGACGACAAUGAGGAUCUGGCGGUCACUGGCGCAUGAAGUCGCACCGCCAUGUCCACGUUCAAGCUCGUAUCAAAGCUGACCACCACAUGUGAGCAGCGAUGUAUUCGUCGUUCCAGUCCGUCGUUUACUGGCAUCGUCUAGAUCGUCAAUGCUCCCCCACUUCUUUGCCUCUAACCCCUUCAUACCCAACGUCUCUACAUCUAGCGUUUUCCUACUCAACGCCUCUCCUUCCAACGCCUCUCCCUCCUAUAUCCUCACCCAAGUCGGGUACUAACGUCUAGCCAUGACAGACAUUUUCACCAAAGACAAUCUGACCGCGUCGCCGACCAAUGUAUCCUGGCACGCCGAUCCUGCCGUGCGCGGCACCUGGGACCUUAUCUGGACCUGCCUCUCGAUGCUUUUGAUAUGCGCGUGGAACGCUGUCCACACUGACAUUUCUCUCCGACCACGCAGGUGGGAGUUCAUCAACAAGCUACCCUGGCUCGUCGUUGGACUGCUUGCGCCCGACUAUCUGCUUUACGCUGCAUGCUGUCAGCUACACCUCUCGCGGCAGAUUUCUGUCGCUGAAGCCGAGUACCUGAAGAGUGGCAAGACCCAUAUCGGACCAUGGGUGCGCUCCCGCAGCUUCGUCCACAAAUUUAGAGCAUGUGUCUUUGGGCGACUGGGCUUUGACACAUCAGCUGAGGCGUCACCAAGUGCGUUAGCAGAAGAAGCAAGGCAGGAGAGGCUUGCUACAAACAAUUACAGCCCAGUUUCGCUGGCAGAGCUAGGGUUAAACCUCCCUGAAGCGCCGCUGGAAGAGGCAGAAGAGGUAUUCCCGAUGCUCUCAACCGGCGGUCCUUCUGUGAGGGAACGAGAGCACGAGUGGACCGCCGUUCACAGCUUCUAUGCUGCUAUGGGCGGAUUCGUCCUGGAUGUCGACCCAUCCCUCGUUUCAUCCGUAACCCCGACGCCCCACUCCCAGUCGGGCCGGAUCCGUUUCGUUAUCACCGCACAGGGCGUCUGCUAUCUGAUGGAGCAUGCACCAGGGCUCAUCCCCGACUUAUCCAAGGCGAGCAUCCUCAAUCGCUGCCGAUCCAACGCAUUCGCGAAGGCGCUGCUCGUAUUGAAGCUAUUCCAUUUCUGCGUCUCCUGCGCCCUGCGUCUCUUACGGUCUCUCCCCCUGAGCCUGUUCGAGGUGUCAACCCUCGCGCACGCUAUAUGCGCCGUCACGACGUAUGCCAUCUGGUGGAAUAAACCCUUCGACAUCGCGGAGCCGACAGUCAUCGCUGGCGCGGAUGCAGAUGCAAUAUUCGAGGAUUUGCUCAGAGUGAGCAGGGGGAGGACCGUUCGAUAUGCGGGUCUCUCGCAGGUCACGGCAUUUAUGAGGGAUGCCGGCACGUCGCCCGAAGCCACCCUCCUCUCGCAGUACGGGGGCCUGCAAGAGUCGGUUUUCGUCACCGAUGGGCCUCCAUACUGGCUCGCUGUCACCGGGUUUAUUGCUGCUGUCUACGGACUCAUCCACUUGGCAGCGUGGAACACGACAUUCCCCACGCCCGAAGAAGGCUAUCUAUGGCGCAUUGCGUCGGCCUACGCGCUCUUGCUCGGUAUUGCUCCUUCUUCUCUGCUGUAUAUCUUGUCCCCAGCGACUAGCCCCAUAUUCAACGCUGCGCGGUUUAUUCAGACUCUCCAGCUUCCGAAUGCUUUCUGGCGCCUCAUUAGGAUAGCUGUUUGCAUGCAACUCUUGAUCUGCAUUGCAUUGUAUCCGGUACUUACAUUUUAUCUACUCGUAGAAAGUGUCAGACAGGUUUUCUACCUCCCCGGUGAUGCAUUCAAGCUUCCCAGCUUCUCUAUCCACUCCUCUCAUUAGUUUUGUAUCUGCUAGCAUUCUACUUAUUGGAAGGGUUUUUAUUUUAGGGUUCCCACAAUGUAGUAAAGAACCUUACAGUUUAUUCCUGUCAUUACGAGUAGGCGUUAUUUAUCCCUGUUGUUACUGAACGCAGUCCGACUGGAAUUGCGACACCGACUACGAAGCGACCGCAGACUCUAGAUUACGAGGGGCACGUUCAUCCCUUGUGUCAUGAAUCAGGAAACGACGACGGUUAGCUGACCUCCGCUCAAGUGGAACUCUUCGUAGGCGGACCAAGCCUCGGCACUCGAGGCCCAGCCUUCAACGUGGUUAUCCGUCUGAUGGGCCAUGGAUCAGACCCAGCGUGCUCGACAGCUUUCUUAGACAAGAUAUUCAUGUCCAUCAAAGCUCAGAUACGAUCGCUCUUCCACCGGCGCAGCCGCCUGCUCUGUCUACAAGUUAGAUUGAAAUGAUCAAGACGUCGGCGGCAGCAUGCUAUGACAUCGACCUGCGGCGCAUUGCCUCUGGCGGCUCUGCCAAUUGAACGCGACCUGCCAAUCUGAGUUGAAGUAUGCAGAGUCACGCACGUGUGCUGGAGCAGCCCACAGUGCCAAAGUAGUCCAUACCAUGCUCCUCCUGCCGCCUCAGCGGCACAUUGAACAUACACUGUCUGCGACGAGCGUCCCGAGUACCACUGGCGCGGCGCUCUGGCCGUUGAACGGCAGGUGCGGAUCCGCCGACAAAAGCGAGCCGCUGCCUGUGCCGUAGCCCAUGAGGUUCCCACCGUUUGGCUGUCCUGGAACGCACACAAAAAAAGUGUGCCAUCAGCAGCAGGAAACUACACAUGAUGCAGAAGAAAGAAGAGACGCACCUCGAUCGAUCGUAAGUUGUCCGUGAACGCACAUGUCGAGGCCGUACAGAUGCAGGCGCCCGCAAUCAGGUCUCAGGUCCCAGAACGGCAUCGAGCAGUUUGCGGACACUGUGUAUGUGAUGUGGCGGUGGCGGAGACGACGGCGGUACAGAGGCUGGGGAAAGGGAGAGGGGGGAGAUAUCCAUUUGAUGAGACACGAGACAUGGUGGUGAGGAAGUAAGAGGCACGGAGCGACAAGUGCCC